AACAUUACCCCGUUGUUACCUUUAUUUACAUCAGAAAUAUUUCCCGCAUAAUUUCUCGUAAUCACCCAAAUUGUAAUACUUUUCUCCAACUUCCGCUUACACUAAUAAUACACAUCUCGACCAUUAAUACUUUUCUCAACCUCCACCCUCUGUCAUAACAACACUAUCCUUUAUCAGACAUUUCCAAUAUCAGAUGACAUUAGCAUAGCAAAAGAUGCAUCAUCAAUUUAUUAUCCUUUAUAGACUCUAGAACAGAUAUUUAAGCCUCUUUUAAUAAAUUCAUGGUAGAAUUCCUGUGAAAUAUUUGCUUUGAACUGAGACUGUUAGCAAAAUUUCUGUGUUGUAAUCUGGAGUGUGUACAAAAUGAGUUUGUGUGCUAAUUAAACGUGGAUAAAUUUUCAUUUGAACUGUUAGAUGAAGAUAACGAUGGAUAGAAAUACAGCAGAUGAAAAAUUUGGUAAGGAAUAAACUUUGCAAACAAAAACAAAAAAUAUAUAGAAAUAUUUUAAUUUGAGAAGAAAAAUAUUGCAAAAAUGUCAGAAACCUAAGGAACUGAGUUUUUCCUGAAGAUAUGUCUCAAGAUACAAGAAAACCAUAUCAAUGUGAAUUCUGUAAAAAUCAUUCUCUAGAAAUGAUACCCUAACUAGACACAAACGUAUUCAUACGGGAGACAAGCCAUAUCGCUGUGAUAUCUGUGAUAAACCAUGCUCUCAGAUUGAUAACCUAACUAUACACAAACGUAUUCAUACAGGAGAGAAGCCACAUCACUAUGAUAUUUGUGGUAAAUCAUUCUCUUUAACUCAACACAAACAUAUACAUACUGGAAAGAAGCCAUAUCACUGUAACAUUUGUGGUAAAUCAUUCAUUCAAGGUCAUAACUACACACAAACGAAUUCAUGCAGGAGAGAAACCAUAUCAUUGUGAUAUGUGUGGUAAAUCAUUCACUAAAGGUACUGACUUAACUAGACACAAACGAAUCCAUACGGGAGAGAAGCCAUAUCACUAAUAUCUGUAGUAAAUCAUUCUGUGGAAAUGAUGAGUUAACUGCAUACAAACGGAUUGAUACAGGAGAGAAUCCAUUUCAGUGUGAUAACUGAGGUAAAUCAUUCUCUCAAAAUACUUCCUUAACUUUUCACAAACGGAUUGAUACAGGAGAGAAGGCAUAUCGCUGUGAUAUCUGUGGUAAAUCAUUCUCUCAAAAUAUUCAUUUAACAGUCCACAAACGCAUUCAUAUUAGAGAGGAAGCAUAUCGGUAUAACAUCUGUGGUAAAUUAUGUUUUGAAAAAGUUUCAUUAACAGUACACAAACGUAUUCGCAAUGGAGAGAAGCCAUGUCAGUAUGUUGGAUCUUGCAGACAUGAAGUGGAUUCGAUCCACCAUAGCCAAAUUUAAAUUAAUAGUUCAACUGAACUUUUCUCACGGUGGAACAAUGGUUUUUCUCUGACAGCAGUUUUACAUUCGCCAGAUGCCUUUAGCUAGGCCCGAUAUAAUGUCUUCACCACUUGACCCUUUCUAACCUCUUCUAAUCCACCAAAAGCUAGAACAGAGAUAACAAGACCACCAACUAAAUCUAUUGUUCUCAACGAUAUGUCUAUCCUUCUGGAUAGUUAUAAAAGCAAGAACCCACAAGCAAAAGACAGUUCAGUCACUCAACGAGUUAGUCACUUCGGUGACAACUUAGGGAAAACGAAGUCUGACUGACCUGUUAGAACAACUAUGGUAUCUUACCAAAGAAGCAGUUGUUUCAUCUCACACUCUCUCACUCUUACUAACUCUAAUUCUGUUCUCUGACAUCAUUCUAUCACUAUCUGUGGCUUACUGCUGAGAGAACACAAACUAUACAUCUAUCUUUACUUCGCAUGCUCUCAGAUCUUAUAACCUGCCCGUCGAGGUAAGGUAUUGUAUAAUGUAACGGUAAAUAAAUACUUUCUUAAAACUUCAUGCAUUGUUCAUCUUCAACAAUUUACAACAAAACCGUUUCACAAAUCUUUAUUCUUAUAACUGAUGACCCCGACGUUUCAUAUUACUGUUUUCUAAUUAAUAUCACCUGUUACAAAUGCAUUAUCUGUUGUAAAUCAUUCUCUGUAAGUAAUAGCUUAAAAAUACAUAAACGUAUUCAUAUAGGAGAGAAACCAUAUCAAUGCAAUACCUGUAGUAAAUCAUUCCCGGUAAGUUGAAGCUUAACAGUGCAUAAACGUAUUCAUACAGGAGAGAGACCAUAUCAGUGCAAUAUCUAUAGUAAAUCAUUCUCUGUAAGUUGCAGCUUAAAAUCACAUAAACGUAUACAUACAGGAGAGAAACCAUAUAAAUGUGAUAUUUGUAGCAGACCAUUUUCUCGACUUGGUAAUUUAAGAGUACACAAGAGUACACAAACGUAUUCACACAAAUACACAAGACUCUCUGCAUUCAAUAAAACAGUGAACCGCAAUGUGCUUGCAGUGUCAGUACUCGUACCAACAUUUGCGCUGCUUGACUGGAUGCUUGAUGAGAUCAGAGCCAUUGAUGUGAAAACCCGAAAAAUACUAACAAGCACACAUAAUUUCCACAUAAACAAUGACAUUGAUCGCCUCUACCUAAAACGAAAACUUGGCAGUAGAUGUUUAACAUCGAUCCAAAAUGCCUUUGAAUGUCGUAUCAUAUCCCUUCGGCAACAUCUUUUAACCACCAAGUGUCGAAGUGCAUCCCUUGACCAAGUUUCCAUACAUGAUUCUGUUAGCAUCAUAAGACUUAGAAGGCAGCUCCUUGAGCAACAUUCCUUGUCUGAUAACCUAGAAUACAUGCCCAACGAAGUCACACGAUUCUACUGCAACGUAUCAUCAGAUGAAAGGAUGAGCCUUUAUGAGCAGAAGACUAUGCAUGGAUAUGUUAAUAGAAAGCUCCGAGAUGAUAGUAACAUUGAUCAUCAAAGCAGUCUAUCAUGGACUAAUAGCCAGAUUACUACCUCCCACCUCGAAGAGUAUGUGUUUGCAGUCCAGGGACAAGAAAUAUCAACCAAAUACCUGAUGCACAAAAGGGAUAGAGAUGCAGGAAAAGCAAUCAAAUGUGACAACAGAUGCAGACUUCGUCGAGUUCACACUGAAGAUAUCACCCACAUCAUAAGCAGUUGUCCGAAAAUGUCAUCACUGUAUUAUCUACCGAUGAGACUCUCAAGGACACUCUAUAAUGAAAUCCAUCGGAAGGAAAACCCCAAGGACAAAGAAAUAAGAACCCGCAGUAAAAAGGGGUACUGGUGGAAUGUCCCAGUGAAGACCUCAAUAAAAUGUAAGCACAACAAACCUGAUAUAAUGAUUUGGGAUGGAGAAGAGAAACUGUAGAGUUGUGGAAAUUAGCUCCCCAGCGGAUGACCUGUU